AUGGCAUCCGCUAGAAUAGCAAGGAUAGCAAUAGAUGUUGCACCACCACAAUUUGUGAAUAUCAUCAAAUUUCGACGUGCUUCAAGCAAUGUUGUCUUAGAUACGAUUUAUGAAGAUCAAGAGAAGGAGCUCAGUUAUUCCCACUCAUUUACCUCCUCAAACAUGAAAAACUAUGAUACUAAUAGUAGUGGUUCGUCGUCAAUUAUGUCCAAAUUAGAUACAAAUUUUCAACAAUUUUCGAAUUAUGGUUCAAAUCUCAAUUUCUCAAAUCCAAGUACUUUUACUCCUUUUCCUUUUCAACCACCACAAAAUCCUAAUUAUUCAUAUUCUCAAAAUGUUAUUCCAUCUUUUGAAAAUAUUCAAAUCUCUCAAGGUGAUCCAACAUUUCCUAUGUCACAAGGUGAUGAUAGUGUACUUCCGAGUUUCAAUUGCUCAUACACUUCGGCUGGAUCAGAUGAUGACAAUGAACCAGAAGUUGAAGUCAAUGAAAGAGGUCAUGAAGAAGGCAAUCAAGAUGGAAAAACAAAGUUUUGGUCAAAAUCUGAAGAAGUGGUUCUUGUGAAGGCUUGGCUUGAGGUUAGUCAAAAUAAAAAAACUAACACUAACCAAAAAGGGGAUGUUUUUUGGAGGAAAAUUGAGGAAAUGUAUAAUAAUGUUAGAUUAUACAAACAAAGGUGUUUCAAAGAAGGUACUGACGGGGUAACACGAGAAGAUUUGUUGAAAAUGAGGGGUUUGGAGCAACUUAGAAACCGUUGGAGAAGGAUCAAUGCUUCAUGUUCUAAAUUUUGUGGUUCACAUGCUCUUGCUGAAUCAAGAAGGGGAAGUGGGAACAAUGAUGAAGAUGUUAUGAAGGCAUCAUAUAUAUGA